AUGGGCAUUUUUAUGCUACCCAGCCACCUCAAGAGCCGGGCCUCGAAGAAGAGGUUGGCCAAGCCAAAGGCCGCCGACCAGGCGACCUCCGGCGAAGAGUGCCCCUCCAGUGCCUCGACCUCUGGCGACAUUGCCUCCGAGGGCGAUGACGAGGGCGGCACCGAGGACCAUGACAGCCCCAAGGACGAGGACGAUGAUGACCAAGACCGCGGCCUCGACCACGACUACGAUGUGAGUGAUGACGACGAUGAGCAUAGUGACGGCUUCUGCGCCAGCCACUUCGGCAUGCGAGUUGCCAGGCUGGCUCCGAGUGACUUGCCGGGGGAUGAUUUGCUGAGCGACGAGUUCAGCAUGGACAACCCGAUCCUGGGUCCUUUCAGCUCCGACCCCGAUGAUGAUGACGCCGAGGACGAGGACGAGGAGGGGGAUGAUGUCCACGAAGACGCGGCAGAUGACCACGGCGACCUUUAUCCCGCCUGCCCUUACGCCGAAGGCUUGCACUCCGACGACUCGGGGCUCGGCGAUAUGGAUAUCGAGGACUCCGACAUGGAGGACUCCUAUCCUGAGCACUCGCUGUCCGAGGACAUGCUGCCCGAGGACAUGCUGCCCGAGGACAUGCUGCCCGAGGACAUGCUGCCCGAGGACAUGCUGCCUGAGGACUUGGCCACUGAGGACUUGGCCACUGAGGACAUCGACAUGAGCGAUGAUGAGGAGUAUCCCGAAGCCAUCGAGGACACUGACCGUGAGGAUGCCGACAGCGCCGAUCUCCCCGAAAGCACUGACAGCACUGACAGCACGGAGGACACCGACCCCGAGGGCGUGGAGCAGGCCCCGGCGGAAGGCCUCGACGCCGGUGACCCGGCCAAGCCGAGCCCCAGCCGGACAAAGCCCCAAGCCAAAUGGCGGCCCGCCGCCACCUCGGAGUCCAUCACGGAUCCCUUCCAGUAUUUGCACUUCAAGCAGUCGAACAAAAACGGCCCCACCGUCCUACCGGUGGAUCUGAACAACAUGCUCUACGAGAUGAUCCUGUCGAGCUUCCUCUAUCUCGACCAGCGCCGGAGCAUCGGCUACGACUCGCACUUGGUCACGCACUACCUCGACGCGCUGGUCGACUGGCUGGCUCGGAACAAGUGGUACCCGGUUUUCGUGAUGGACGGGCUGAAGCCCCUCAAGAAGGACGCCACCACCAAGAACCGCAAGGAAACCAAGACCCAGUUCUUGAACAACCGCCUGACCGACUACCUGGAGCAGUACAGCAACCAGGACUACGAGGCAGCCGCCUUGCACCUCCAAGGCACGAACCACAAAGAGGAGUGUUCGCUGCGCAAGUGCGGCCUUGACUGCAUGACAAGGAAGCUUCCCAUGCACCGGAACAACUGCUGCGAGCAGGCCGGCUGCCGGCCGUCCUGCCCUGUGCGCAAGCGCCUGGCCAAGCCCGAGGACCCGGACAAUCGCUACUACCGCACGCCAUUGCCCUUCAGCCAUUGCGUGGAGUUCGUCAAUGUCUGGGCCAUUGCCCAGGGGCACCUGGCCACCAUGGCCCGCGCGAAGCCCAAGACCCUGGCCUUCAUCGGGUCCUUCUCCCAGGCGGACGACGUGCUGUCGCUGUUGAGCUUGCACUUCCAUGUGCCGGUGCUGAGGCUCUCGCUGACCCUCCUGCCCCUUUUUUUGGAUCUGCCCGGCGCCCGGACCCCGGGGGCUCGGUGGCCACACCGCAGCAACGACAAGGACUUCGUGGUUCAUGGCUACGGCCAGAUGAAGAUGUCCUACCUCUUCCAGAAGCAAUUUACUCUCCAGCUGGCGGACCACGGGCCGAAGUUCAAGAACCUGCCGGGCGACGAGUCCGGCAGGUGCCAUGAGACCAUCUUCCAGCAGCUUUUGAUGAAGCACCUCGGCAUCAAGUACUCCGUCCAGCUGGCCUGGCUGCCGCUGAUCAUGGGGUGCGACUUCGGCCCGCCGGAUGGGCGCGUGUGGUUCCUGGUGAAAGAUUGCCUCGGGCGGACGAGCGACGUAUUGAGCGGAUACUUCAAGCAGGCGCUCUCCUGCUACGACGACCCGGACAAGCCCUGGCCGCAGGAUGGCAAGGGCUUCAUCGAGAACUGGCGCCAGAAGAUGCGGACCCGGCAUCUGACGGUGGAGAUCCUGCGCGACCUGCUUGGCGCCCUUCCGAAGCCGACGGACCUGGUGUCCUUCCACUAUCGGCCGAACAACAAUUGGGGCAAGAUCCCGCUGCCGGUGCUGCAGGUCAUGCGCGCCCGGCACGACGACAUCCUGCCCUUGGAAAGGUACCUGACCCAGUGCAGCGGCCCGGGGGUGAUGAUGCUCAAGCGCGAUGUCCUGAACCAGCAGUGGAGCAAGCAGCGCAACUUCAAGGGCAUCCGCGAUGGGAUCCUCUUCUGCCUGGGGGUUUACAAUGCCGGGCUCACGGCCAUGGGCAAUCUGCAGCAGAAGAAGUAUGCCGAUGACUUGCGCUUCUACCUGGAAAAGCAUUGCCGCCUGGACCCGGCGAAUCCCUGGUGCCUGGUGUCUACCCAGAAGCCGCCGAGCCUGGUCUGCCCCAAGGACCCGCCCAAACGCAGCGCCCUCGCUCCGGGGAAGCCGCUCAGCAUCACCCGGUCGACCCAUGUGCAGCCGGAGCCUGGCACCCCGGUGGGCAAGAAGCCGCGGGCCAAAAAGCCGGCCGUGCAUCCUGCGGCCUCGGUGAAGGCGAGCGCCCUGCAAGCCGCCGACCGGAAGCCCUGCCCCGGGGAGCCAGUCGACUUGGAGCCUGUCGGGCAAGAGCCUGGCGAAUGUCCGACCAGCAGCAUGGGAGGGGCUGCCCAUGGGGCGUGCUCCGAGGACAAGCUCGCCGACGAGGAGCCCACCGACCAGGACCACACGGAGGAGGCUGGCGAUGGCAAGCAGCCCAUUGACGAGGAGCUCUCCUGCCAUGAGCUUGUUGGCAAGAUGCUUGUCAAUGACCGGCCCGUCGACCAGCAAUCUGCCAGCGGGGAGCCCACCGACCAGCAACCCAUCGACCAGCAGCCCAUCGACCAGCAGUCCACCGACCAGCAGUCCACCGACCAGCAGUCCACCGACCAGCAGUCCAUCGACCUGCAGCCGGCGGAUCGCGUGCCUGCCGAGCGGACUCUCGCCGGCAAGGGACCAUGCAACCAGUCGUCCGUUGACGAGGAGCCCAGCGCGGAGAAGGUCUCCGAGGAUGAGCUUGCCGGUCAGAUGCUUGCCCAGCAGGAGAUUCCCGAGCAGGAGCUCACCGACCGGGCGAUCGCCGUGCAGGACACCACCGACAAGGAGACCAUGGACGAGGAGACCGUGGACGAGGAGAUCGUCGAGCAGCAGAUCGUCGAGCAGGAGCUCACCGAUGAGGAGCUCCUCGAGCAGGAGACUGUCCAUGAGGAGCCUACCGAUGAGGAGACCACCGAGCAGGAGAUCGUCGAACAGAAGGCCAUCGAACAGGAGAUCUCGGAGCAGGAGACCGUCGAGCAGGAACACACCAACGGGGAGUUCAGCGAUGAGGAGACCAUCGAUGAGGAGAUCCUCGCGCAGGAGACCGUCGAUGAGGAGCCUACCGACAGGGAGCUCACCGAUGAGGUAUUCACCGAUGAGGAGUCCGCCGGCGAGACGCUCACCGGCGAGGAGCUGACCGAUGAAGAGCUCACCGGCGAGGAGCUCACCGGCGAGGAGCUCACCGGCGAGGAGCUCACCGGCGAGGAGCUCACCGGCGAGGAGCUCACCGAUGAGGAGCUUGCCGACGAAGGGACACCCGACGGCGACCUCGGCGACGACGAAUCCCACAGCACGGGAAAUGUCGCCGACAAGCCCGGCACUGCCGACGCCAUCGACGAGCAGAUGGCUGAUCAGGGGCCCGCCGAGCAAGGAGACCCCCAAACGACGGAGGAUGAUGGCGAGGAUGCCGGUGCCGCCGGGGGGGAUGCCCAUGGGGAAUCUGCCCAUCGGCGGCCCGCACCUCGGCUGGUCGAUGACCGGGAGCCCGGUGACAUGCUGCCUGCCGAGGCGGGGCUCUUGAUGGCCAAGCAGGGCGCCAAGAAGGACAUCAACCGGGACCCGGCGGCUGCCAAGAAGCCGCCGGCCGCGAAGAAGCCGGCUGCCAAGAAGCCGGCCACCGCGGCUCCGGACGCCGUGCCGGCCACCGACGAAAAGCCCGACACCAAGAAGCCGGGAGCCCAAAACCUGCCGGCCAAGAAGCCCGGCCCCAAGAAGCCCUCCACGAAGAAGUGCGACGACCAGGCGGCCGACAGCCAGGACCCCGACGAGGCCAAGCCGCCCAAGCAGGGCCCCAACGCCAAGAAGCCGGUCGCCAAGAAGCCGGUCGCCAAGAAGAAGCUGGCUGCCGCCGCGGACCCCGACGCCACGGGGGCCACCACCGACGGAGCCGACGCCACCGAGACCGAUGCCAAGAAGCCCCUCCCGAAGAAGCCGGCCAGCAAGAAGCCCGCACCCUCCAAGAAGUCCGCCUCCCAGGCGACCGACCCCACCGGCGCCAGCGGCAAGGUGGAUACCCCCAACGGGGCCGACCCCAAUGAGGCCAGCGCCAAAAGCACCACCCCGAAGAAGCCAGCCAGCAAGAAGGCGCCGCCCCUCAAGAAGCCCGCGGCCCCGGCGCCGGAUGCCACGGAGACCAACGACAAGGAGCCAGCCGACCAGGACGCGGCUGGCGCCAAGCCGGUGGGCAAAAAGCCGAAGGCCAAGAAGCCCGGCGCCCCCGAGCCGAAGGCCAAAAAGCCAGCCGCCCGAGGGCCGGAGGACGAGCCGCCGGCCGCCGCCCAAGACCCGGCGAAGCACAGCCCGUCCGCUCGGGAGUCCGAGACCCAGAGCUUGGAGGACUCCGGGAAUGAGGGCUUGGCCGGCCUGGGGCCCAACACCACGGAGCCGUCGGUCGAGGCGUCCGACUCGACGGACCCGAGCCCCCCAGAGUCGGAUGCCACGGAUGAGCCCCCUUGUGAGCCCGGGACCAAGAAAGCAGCCGGCCGCAAGGCCCCGGCCAAGGCGGCCCGGAAGACCAAGCCAGCCAAGCCCGAGGGGGCCCCGGACGAGGUGGCCCCGCCACGGAGCCAGAAGCCCGGCCCACAUGUCGGGCCGCCGGCCGGCUCGGCCGCGGAGGAGGGCACCGGCGCCGGGGAGGGGCCCAAGCAUCGGCUCUGCCAAUGCCACGAGGCCCCGUACCUGAUCCAGCCGCUGAUGCUGGGCCAGCCGCAUCUGCCGCUCUUUGCGCAGGCCUUCUGCAUGGCCCAUCCCAAGAACAUCCAGAGGCCGUAUUCGCGCAUCGUGGACACCUUCAAGGCCGACCUGUGGAUCAUCAAGGGCUUGAAGCUGUCCAUCAUGCCGCCCCUGCCGCAGUAUGCCAUCCUGCCGAAGGGGGCCACGGUGUGGGACCGGAGCCGGCAUGCCCGGCUGCUCCUGUACACCAUGCUCUCGCGCGGGCCGCAUGGCGGCGCAGCCAAGCAGGUCAAGAUGAUCCGCGUGAGGGAGUGCCAGUCGGUGCCGGUGCCGGUGCCGGAUGGCUGGGGCUUCCGCGCCCCGUCGACCCAAGAGUCCAACUACAACUUGGGCCAGCACUGGGAGGAAAACAUUGUCGCCCUCCUGAGGAUGGUGGAUGAUCUGCUGGAGGGCAAUCUCCAGCGCGGCCUCGAUCGGGCCCUACUGGCGGCCAUCAUCCUUUCGACCUUCUUUGCGAAGCAGGCUUCCCCCACCGCGGACAAGGAUCUGGCCGACAAUAUGGCCAAGCUCUGCUUCCAUGUGCGGGGGUUCCAGGCGACCGAAGCGGCGGAGGUGCUGAAGCAGCUGGACCUGCCGGCGUCCAUUCGCAUGAAGGCCUUCAGCGCCCUGACGGCAUUCCACCCACCGAAGCAGGACAAGUUCAUCGCCCUCGCCAAGGACAUCAUUGCGUGCUGCCUGGAGCGGGUGGUGGACGCGUCCCUCGGCAGGGAUGUCUCCUCGCCGAUGCAGCCGAAGCAGAAGCCGAAGCCGAAGCCGAAGCCGAAGCAGGGGCAGGAGCAGGAGCAGGAGCAGGAGGAGAAGCAGGAGCAGGAGCAGGAGCAGGAGCAACAGCAGGAUGAGCCGCAGGAGCCCCAGCAGCAGGAUGAGCAGCAACAGCAGCAAGAACAGCAGCAAGAGUCGCAGGAGCUGCAAGAUCGUCAUCCCUGGAGGAGCCCCCCUCGCCGGAGCACCUGACCAUCUUCUCCCUGAGGCUGGCCACUCUGUGCUCCUGGAUGGAUCUCUACUCGGUCCUGGCCGGGCGCCAGUUGGCCCUCCUCAGCCACACCCAGCCCAAGGAGGCCAUCAGCCUGCUUCACAAUGUGCCUCUUCGUGGCACAAACCACGUCGUGUUCUCCUCCCACUCGAUGGUGGCGAAUGUGCUGUAUGACAUCCUGACCAAGACCACCCUCUAG